AUGGGACCCUCCAUUGCAAGCCCAGCAUCAGUUCUGGAGUGGGUGGUGUUCCUUGAUCCAUGGAGGCGCUGCAGGUGCACACCUAAGCCACUCUUGAAAUGCUUGACCCUCACGUGCUUGGGGCUAUUUGUGGCCUGCAGGGUUCGCGGUCGGGGGGAGUACAAGUAUCAUCGGUCAGUUUCUCGCAGCCCUGGGCGUUGGGGUGAUGGCUCACCAAGUCACGCUCGCUCCAUGUCUCGCAGCGUGUCGCGCUCCAUAACCCCACGGAGGAAAAGAGCAAGGCACACGCGUAGCAGGAGCUACAGCAGGAGCCGUAGCCGAGGGUGGAGUCCUCGCUAUGGCAGGGAUCGCCGCAGAUACAGUCGGGGCUACAAGGCAAGGUCGAGGUCUCGAAGUGACCCAAGGAGGAGUAGAGCUGGGAAGCGCUCCCGGGGAGCAGCAUCCCCAAGGAGCUCCAGUUCCCUGGGAAACUCGUUCACCUCAGGUGCCUCCAACGAUAGUCGCAAGAUGGCCAAGGCUGUGGUGACAAACACGAGGAAGGACUUACUGGAGGCCAAGAAGCGUGAACAGCAGCUGAUCAGCAGGGUUGCUGCCCUGGAGGCGGACGUGAAGAAGGGGCAGGGUGCCAAGGAGGCUGCAAUGGCAAGGGUGGAAGCCAUGAGCAGCCAGGUGAAGGCAGUGGGUGAGAGAAGCAAGAACAGAGGGGCCAUGCUGGCCAAACUGGUGGAGGCGUUGAAGUCUGUGGAAGACCUCAGGGGAAGGGUAAAGGACGCAGAGUGCUUCCUGGAGGACCUGACGCAAUCCGCCAUCGACAUGAUGCAAGAAGAGGAGCGUGAGUUCGAACGCGAGGAACAGGUCAGGAGGGAGGCGGAGAGGCUUGCAGCUGCGCAGCGCAGCCUGGUAGAACAGAACCCGGCCCCUGAAGAGCCCAGUGGCAAGCCCACCGAGAACGGCGUUGAGAAACUCGAUCCGCCGGACAGCCCGGAUGCCAACGACGAUGCCAGGCAGACUCGCGAGGGUGAUAAGUCCGCGGAAGGGGGGCAGGGCUGGAGGAGGCCGCUGACGUUCAAAUUCAACUUGUGA